AUGGCAACACCGAUGCUCGACCAGUUUCUCGCUGGUGUAGCAGACCUGGUUUCCAAGAGACAAGGCGAAAAUCUCCAAGACUAUCUCCAAGUCGUACCGGAACAGAUGCGAGAUGGUUACCGACACAUGGCUGUGGAAUUACAAAACACUUAUCCCAAAGGUGCUGGCGACGAUGCUUUGUUGAAACGAUGCGAAGCAUUGGUCCCAAAAAGUGCGGAUGGAACUACAUGGCCUGCCUUUCCUCUCUUCAUUCGAUCUUAUCUCGCCUACUUGAGGGAUGGUAAUGUCUCAAAUUUGUUGGAGGCCUAUAAAGCUCUGAGCGGACUUUUGAAUCAAUGUCUGCAGGCUCUUGGAGAUACCCAAAUGGGCGCCAUCGUCCUUCGCACCGUCGUCUACUUGUCCCAAAUUGUCGCCGGUCUCGCUAUGACACUUGAGAGAAACCCACAAUUACUGGCACAACUACGACUCGAUCGACCACAAGACGCCUUUGAACGCACAAGUCUGGUAGAAGAUGCUGCCAACGUCGUCCGAGAAGGUUUCAUCAAAUGUUUGUCUGACCGCGGUGGUGCAGCGGGCCCAAAGGGGAAACCAGAGGGCAAGCGUGCAGGAAUAUACUUGAUGGCAAACCAUUGUCUAAAACUACUUCAUAAAUGUGGAAAACUUAGAAGCGCCGACACAAUCUUCAAAAGUAUCUCUGCACAAUCACCUCCCCUCGAAUAUUAUCCCGCAGCGCACCGAGUCACUUAUCUUUACUACCUUGGCCGUUACCUAUUCGCAAACAACAACUUUUACCUCGCUCAAAACGCGCUGCAGGAAGCUUACAACCAGUGUCAUAUUCAAUGUCUGAAGCAAAAAAGACUCAUUCUCACCUACCUAAUAUCAUCCAACAUCAUCAUGGGACGCUUUCCCUCACUUCAGCUCUUACAGAAACCUGAAGCGCAAGGUCUGUACGAUGUCUUCUAUCCAGUGUGCCUUAUUAUUAGAUCUGGCGAUUAUUUGGCAUUUAGGAAACACUUUGAUGUUGGCAGCUCGACAGGGCAGUGGUUUCUUCAAAAAGGACUGCUUUAUCAGAUGCGGAACCGCUGUGAAGUGCUCGUAUGGCGAUCCUUGAUUCGUAAAGUGUUCAUCCUUGGUGGCUUUCAUGGAGAUCCCUCCGCCGCGCGAGGUCCUCCACCAAUCUUGCAUUUGAGCAAAGUCGAGACAGCAGUACGGUUAUUGCAAAGACGCCAUGGAAUGAGCGCCUCUUCAGAUGUCUCUGAAACGAAAUCCUCAGAGAUUAACUUCAUUACGAUCCGCUUGCCCGACGACAGCGACUAUGACGGCAUCGCCGGCUUUGUGUUGAACACAUCUGAUCCCGAAGUCGAUGACUAUUUGUUCAGUCAAGAGUACUACGAUGAGAACGGGGAAAUGAUCAAGAAUUCCGGUGGUCAGCCUGUUCCAGGACCCGAGUAUGGACAAUAUACCGAGUCUCUGGACGAUCUAUACCCAGAGAUCUACGGAAGGUAUACUGAGACUGACAAUACACCAAAACUCUUGCAGGAAAUUGAAUCAAUUGUCGCUUCCUUGAUCAAACAGAAUCUGCUUGGUGGUUACCUGACGCACAAUCCGGCACGCUUUGUCAUCCCCGGAGCAAAACAUGUAGGCGCUAUGGCGAAAGGAUUUCCUAACAUCUGGCAAACGAUCAGCAGCCAACAGCACAAUUACGGCGAGAAUGUGCCAGCUUGGAUCAUUGCAAAACAACCGCUCCCUACUCAGGCAGCAUUCCCUGCGAUUGGCGCCCCUGGUGGUGGGCGUGUGAUCAAUUUGAAGGGUGCGAAAGCAGUUGCACCGGAAAAUAAUGAAGGGCUUACAAUCACGUAUUCUUCCGGUCGCGACGGAGCUCCAGAUUUGCGUCUGAUCCAUUAUAACGAUGUGUACCAUGUCGAACCAGGCUCAUCCGAUCCCAUCGGCGGCGUUGAACGUUUCCAGACCGUCAUGAAAGACUACCGUACUGCGCCUCAAUACAAAGGUCUUUCGGACCUGAUCACCCUGUUUUCCGGCGAUGUUUUUAACCCGAGUUUGGAGAGUACGGUCACAAAGGGACAACAUAUGAUACCGUUUCUUAAUAAGAUUGGGACGGAUGUUGCUUGCAUAGGGAAUCAUGAUCUAGAUUUUGGUGUCGCCCAGUUUCGACAUUUACGAAGCCAGUGCAAGUUCCCUUGGUUACUGGCUAAUGUGCUCGAUCCGGCCCUUGGAGAUGACGUGCCACUAGCCAACUGCGAGAAAACAGUAAUGUUAACUUCGUCUAAUGGUAUAAAGAUCGGUAUUAUUGGCUUGGGUGAGCGAGAGUGGCUAGGCACAAUAAACUCCCUACCACCGGACUUGAUAUACAAGUCUGCUUCCCAGACUGCCAUCGAGCUAGUUCCUGAGCUGCGCAAACAAGGCGCCGAGAUCGUGAUUGCGCUGACCCAUCAGCGUGAACCGAAUGAUAUUAAGCUGGCAGAGAAAGUCCCCGCAGGAUUGAUUGAUAUUAUCCUUGGUGGCCAUGACCACUUCUACGCACACUCUUUGAUAAACAAUACCCACAUUCUGCGAUCUGGCACAGAUUUCAGGCAACUGAGUUACAUAGAAGCGUUUCGCAAACCGGACUCAAAGGGUUGGGACUUCAAUAUUACUCGUCGUGACAUUGUCCGGUCUAUCCCUGUUGAUCCCGAUUGCCAGGUUCUAGUCGACAAGCUUACUUCGACCCUCAAGGCCAAGUUGGAGAAACCUGUUGGAUAUACUGCAUCUCCUCUAGAUGGACGAUUUACGACUGUAAGGACUCGAGAGUCAAAUCUUGGCAAUUUCAUAUGCGAUCUCAUGCGCUUUUAUUAUGAUGCAGAUUGUGCUAUAAUGGCGGGCGGKACUAUCCGUGGUGAUCAAGUGUAUCCACCUGGCCUUUUGAGAUUGAAGGAUGUCUUGAACUGCUUUCCCUUUGAGGACCCUGUCGUGGUUAUCAAAGUGACUGGCCGAGAUUUGGUUGAAGCAUUGGAGAAUGGUGUCAGUCAACUCCCUGCUCUGGAAGGUCGCUUUCCGCAGGUAUCGAACAUCACAUUUGAAUAUUCUGCAUCGUCACCACCAGGGAGUCGUGUCAACUGGGUCAAAGUUGGGAAAAAACCAGUGGAUUAUAAGAAAAAAUAUACCCUUGCCACACGAGGAUAUAUGGCGCGAGGAAAAGAUGGCUAUACAUCGUUAUUAGUACAAUCAGAAGGCGGCGAGGUUGAAGAAGUCGUCAGCGAAGAGAACGGAAUGCUGAUCUCUGCUAUCUUGCGACAAUACUUUUUGAGCUUAAAGGUGAUGGGUAAAUGGAGACGUAUGAGCGUGUCUCUGCACAAGCACUGGGAUAGUGUUCAUUCACGGUUACAUGCACAAAUUGGAGGAAGUUGGAUCAAAACACCUUCUCCGGCUGUUGAAAGGAGGGAGCCGAAUAUGCUUAAUAACGACCCUUUCAACUCGGCUACAACUGCCACACAUCCGAAAACCACCACGACAACAACAACAAUGUUUGAACGUCGUAUUCAUCAUACACAUAAAAAGAAUAAACCACGCCCCCAUCUCAGGCGAUACGGUCGCUACUACGAGCCGCGUCGCCACCAUACUCAUGCCGGCACGAGUAUAAGCAGAACCUCAACGCCUCUAUCGAUAUACUCGUCGGAUGAUUCAUCGAUCAGCCGGCAAUCAGUAGACUCACACCUAGACUCGGACUCGGACUCUGAGCCCGAAAUACUCGUAUCCACGCACGAAGAGACAAACUAUAUCACUACAACAGCAACGUCACCCGCCGAAGAAGAGCAACGAAUACGACUAGCGAGAAAGGUCCUGAAGAAAUGGAUGCGUCUCGCAGGCGUGCAGGGUAAAACGGGGGUUGUCGAUGAAGCAGGCGAUGAGUUCACGCCGCCUUGGACAUUGGGCAUUGCGCCGAGAUGUGAAGGAAGAAUCUUGGUGAGGACAAGGGUUGUGGAAGAUGGGGGUGCGGGGCUUGGAGAGGGAAAGAGGACAGAAAAUAUCAACGGUGGAAGCGUACCUAUACAUUAG